AUGCUGCCCUGCGAGCCCCACUGGAGACCUAGCUACAAGUCUAGAUCCAACGCCGAGUAUAUUGGACGAGGGGUCAGCCGAGUCCUGAGUCUGUUUCAUUUCCUGGGUCUGGGUGUUGCUGGGAAAUGUGAGGAUACACAGGCAUCCCAUGUGGUUGGUUACACCCUGCGUGGUUGUCUGGCUCAGUCCCAGACCCCACCCUACCGCACCCCACCGCCCUUUGGAGCCUGUACACCAGGCCCCAGCGCAGGAGGAAGUGGGGCAGGAAGCAGGGGCGGUGGUGGCUGGGAGCAGUCAGCUGGGCUGUGGGUCGCCCGCCACUCCUGCCGGGUCAGCCAGUCAGAGCCAGGGCAGACCCUGGGCCACUGUCCUUCAGGUCCUUCAGUCCCUGCAGAGCAGCAGUGGCGACAGGCCGAGAACAGAAGGCCAGUCAGACACACCCAGCCUUCCAUGCUGAGACCUCCUGGGGCCAUGGAGGAUCCAGCAGAAGCAACCCCGUGUCCACCAGACCCUGAGCAGACAGCCCUGCCGGGGAGGGGGCCUGAAGAUCCCUUGGACAGAGUCAGUGAAAGCCAGGACCAUGGGAUCCAGAGUGUGGCCAGAUGCACGAACCCUGAGGUGGAUGCUGUGGCCAGAGCUGAUGUAGGUGUGGCUCUCCGACCAGGCAGUGUGUGUCCUACUGCAGGGACCCCUCCCAGCCACACGGCACUGUGCCCCACAGACCUGACCCUGACGAUGCUGGCCGUGCGGAGGAGGAGUGGACGACCGGACCCCAGACUGCAGCAGGCUCUGCGGACACGGCUCCGAAUGUUGGAGAAUGACACCCAGGAAGUGGCCCGCGUGCUUGGGGAAUUAUCGGCCAGGCUGUUGUCCAUCCACAGUGACCGAGACCAGAUUGUGGUGACGUUUAAGACUUUUGAAGAGAUCUGGAAGUUCUCCACUUACCACACUCUUGGCUUUAUACCCCACUGCCUGGAGAACCUGCUGAUAGAUCAGGCCUUCUGGCUGCAGGCGCCUGAGGAUGGGGAGGAGACAGUCCUGGAGGUCUGCCUGGAGGAGGCGGCCCUGAAACAGAUUCAUGAGAAUCUACUCCUGCAAGAAGGGUCCUAUUUUGUCCUGUGUCCUGACCACCGUGUGAGAGCAGUAACUGGCCCCCGGGGUGCAGAGAGGCGUCCCUAUGGAGACGUGGUCUCAGAAGUGGACUCUCCAACACCCAGCCCUGACGCAUCUUCCAAGGAACCUCUGGCUCCGUUUCAUCAAUGGGCUUUGAGGGCCUCCUGGGACCCCGUAGAUGACUCUGUGGAUGAUCCUGUGGAACCUGGCCUCCCCAUGACAGCAGGGGGCCUGGCCUCCGCGCUGGCCGACUACCAGGGCUCUGGACCUGAAGAGAUGACCUUCCGAGAGGGUGACCUCAUCCAGAUCCUCGGUGCACACAUGCCCAGCCUGCCCUGGUGUCUGGGCCGGCAUGAGGCCUCAGGCCAAGUAGGCUUUGUUCGGACGAGGCUCAUCAGCCUGCAGGACCAGCCUGGCCCUGUGGAGCAGUUGGAAAAUAUAAUCUUUCUCAACGAGGAUGAAAGGUCACUCUUCAGCAGUGAAGGACACUUCUCAGAGGAGGAUGCCAGGCAGUUACUACAGAGGAUAUCCGAGCCAGAUGCCUGCACCGUGUACAGCUUGGACUCACUGGAGGAACCCACGUGUGAGCAGCCAGGGGAGCAAGACAUUCCUCUGCCUCAUCUGGUCCCGCAGCCGAGUGAGAUCCUGGGGAAGGUGAAGAAUGUUCUAGAACACUGCAAGGCCUGCCAGGCCUACUCCGAGGAGGCAGCAUCUUGGAGUUUGUACCCAGAGGGCAGUCAGGGGAACUUGCUAGAGACUGAGGAGCCCAGCUUCCACCUGGACAUGGAAGCCAACAGGACAGGUGUGGAGGUCCUGGGCUCCCUGAUACCCUUACUGGACAGCCCGGGACAUGAGGCCUCCUUUCGUAACCUGUAUGCCCUCUCCCCGCCGGGGCUGGGCAGUGCACACUGCGGCCUCGCUGAUGAGGAGGACCUGGCCGAGCGCCUGGCGCAGGCCCGGGAGGUGGCCAAGAGAGCCGGCCUGCCCAUGGCACUGUCCAGGCUCUGUGUCCUCUUGGGCGGGUUCUGCUUCAGGAAGCUCAAGCUCUCCCAGGCCCGGGUGUACUUUGAGGAGGCACUGGGCACCUUGGGUGGUCACUUCGGUGACCUUCCCCUCAUGGUGGCCGUGCACAUUCACCUGGCCACCAUCUACCUGAGGCAGAAGAACCAGGAGAAGUGCGCGCUGACCGUGGACAAGGCAUUGGCCCUGCUCCUGGGGACACCCGGCCCCAUCUGCAGCACUGAGGCUGACCUGCUGCAGCUGGCCCUGAGGCGGGCUGUGCAGGCUCAGAGCGAGGGGGCCGAGGCCCGGGCUUGCUUCCUGCUGGCCCAACACCACUUUCGCCUCAAGCAGCCGGAGGAUGCCCUGCCUUUCCUGGAGAGGCUGCUGGUCCUGCAGCGCCACCUAGCGCCCCUGGACACCACCUGGCCCACCAAUGGCUACCUGCUGCUAGCCAACACGUACAGCCGCAAGUGUCUGCCCCACCUGGCACUGAGCUGUGUCCGAGUGGCCUCUCUGCACACCCGAGGCUCCCUGGCCAGCGCACUGCAGAGCAUGGACCUGGUGCUGCGCCAUGUCCCCCGGCUCCACAGUCCGAGACAAGUGACCCCCAGCCUCCCUGCCCAGCUUGCUCCCUACCUCUGGCAGGCACUGGCCUCCCCAGCAUCUGGGACAGAGCGGACGCUGCGGGCCAUGCUCUAUGCCAGCCUGGCCCAGGUGCACAGCCACCAUGGCCAGUACAGUCAGGCCAUUGCCCUCAUGCUGCUUGCUGUGGACGCUGAGGCCCCAGCCAGCACUCGCCUCAUUGUGGACCGUCUGGUGGCCCUGGCCUGGCUGCACGUGCUCCAUGGGCAAUGUGAAGUGACCCUGGACAUCCUGGAAUCCAUUGGGGACACGGGCAUGGCUCGAGAGGACCAGGAGGGCGUGGUGGCCAACAUGGCCGCAGUAGCACUGAAAAGAAUGGGCAGGACUCGGCGGGCAGCUGAGGGCUACUACUGUGCCCUGCGCGUGGCCAGGCGUAGGGGCAGACGACGUGACCAGGCGGUGGUGCUGGCCAACUUCGGUGUGCUGUGCCUACAGGCGGGGGCAGGGCAGUUGGCAGAGCACUACCUGGUGGAAGCCGUGAAGUUCUUCUCGGGGCUGCCCCGCGGGGAGGGCGGCUGUGACUUCACCCAGGUGCUUCUCUGGCUGGGUCAUCUGUACGCGCGCCGGACCCUGGCCCAGCACAGCAGGUGCUGCUACGAGUGGGCCUUCCUCAUCGCUGUGGAGACUCGUCACUUUGAGAGCCAGCUGCGUGCCGUCCAGAGACUGUGUCAGUUCUACAGCUCCGUGGUGCCCAAUGAGGCCCAGUGUGUCAUCUACCACGAGUUCCAGCUCUCGCUGGCCCGAAAGAUGGCCAACAAGGUGCUGGAGGGGCAGCUCCUGGAGACCAUCAGCCAGCUGUACUUGUCGCUGGGCACCAAGCGGGCCUACAAGUCCGCCUUGGACUACACCAAGCGGAGCCUGGGCAUCUUCAUUGAUCUGCAGGAGAAAGAGAAAGAGGCCUAUGCCUGGCUGCGGGCUGGCAAGAUCUACUAUAUCCUGCAGCAGCACGAGCUCGUGGACAUGUACAUCCAGGUGGCACAGAAUGCAGCCUUGUACACCGGGGACCCCCAGCUGGGUCUGGAGCUGUUUGAGGCGGCCGGGGACAUCUUCUUCAACGGGAGCCAGGAGCGGGAGAAGGCUGUGUCCUUCUACCGGGACCGGGCACUGCCACUGGCCAUGGCCACAGGGAACAAGGAGGCGGAGCUCCGUCUGUGCAACAAGCUGGUGGCGCUGCUCGCUGCACUGGAGUUGCCCCAGGAGGGACUGGAGUUCGCGCAUGUGGCGCUGGCGCUCAGCAUCGCCCUGGGGGACCGGCUAAACGAGCGCGUGACCUACCACCGGCUGGCUGCCCUGCACCACCGGCUGGGCCAUGGGGAGCUGGCCGAACAUUUCUACCUGAAAGCCCUGUCACUGUGCAGCUCGCCACUGGAGUUCGAUGAGGAGACGCUCUACUACGUGAAGGUGUACCUAGCGCUCGGUGACAUCAUCUUCUAUGACCUGAAAGACCCAUUUGAUGCCGCGGGGUACUAUCAGCUGGCCCUGGCUGCAGCCGUGGACCUGGGUAACAAGAAGGCCCAGCUGAAGAUCUACACACGUCUGGCCACCAUCUACCACAACUUCCUCGUGGACCGCGAGAAGUCGCUGUUCUUCUACCAGAAGGCCAGGACCUUCGCCUCUGAGCUCAAUGUCCGAAGGGUCAACUUGGCUGCUGAUCGGUACUACCAGCAUCUGGCCUGGCUGGCUCCCCGCUCACCACCCUGA